AUCAAAGCGACUCCUUCCAGCCUCCAGGUCAGUCUCUCUCUCUCUUUCUCUCUCUCUCUCCUCUCUUUUCUUCCUCCUCCUUCCUCUUUUCUUUCUUUUUCUUCACAAACCCUAGUUUCUUUCUUUCUUCUUCAUUUUUUUUUUCUUUUUCCUUUUUCACAAACCCAGAUUCUUUCUUUCUUCUUCAUCUAUUUUUUUUUUGUUUUUUUUUCGUUUUCCUUUUUCAAAACCCCAGUUUCUUUCUUUUUCUUUUCUCUCUCCUUUGUUUUUUUUUUCCCCCGUUUUUCACUAACCCCAGUUUCUUUCUUCUUCAUCUAUUUUUUAUUUUUUGUUUUUUGUUUUCCUUUUUCAAAACCCCAAAUUCUUUCUUUUUCUUUUCUCUCUCUCCCCCCCCCCCCCCUCUCCACUAACCCCAGUUCACAAACCCGUCUUCUUCUUUUCUGGUAUUUUUCCUUUUUUACAGACCUUAAUUUCUUUCCUAAUUUCUUUCUUCUGCUUCUUCUUCUUCUUCUCUGUUGUCUUUAUUCUUGCUUUAAAUUUUAGCUUGUGUGAGUCGUGACUUAUUGACCUGUAAAUGAAUUGGAUUUCAUCUUUGAUUUAAUUUCAGCUAUUGCAUAUGACUUAUGAAUCUGUAGCAAAUAGGAAUUCAUUUUUUCUUUGCUGACUGUUCUUUCUUUGCUGACUGCUGUAAGUAUGGAUUUUUUUUCUUUUCUUUUUAUGUCUAGGGAAUUAGACAUGUCAUUGUCUACAUCAGUUGCUAGUUGUACUCCUCAAUUCGAACAAGAUGAUAACAAACCACUUUGGAACUAUGUCACACAAUUAGAAAAAAUUGGUGGUGGAGGAGGAAAUUUUUUAUUCAAAUGCCACUUUUGUAAUAACGAAUUCAGGGGGUCUUAUACAAGAGUUAAAGCCCACUUGUUGCAGAACACUGGUAUGGGUAUUCGUAUAUGUCCAAAAGUCACAUAUCAGAAUAUUGCAGAAAUGCAAAAAGCAAUUGAAGAAGCCGAAUUGAGAAUUAAAAAUUCUAAACCAAAAAAAGUUCCUUUGCCGCCGUCUAGUGCAUCAUUGGGUGGUACUACUAGUCUCACUCAGGAGGCUUAUGUACCAAAGAAAAGAAAGGCAAGUGGGGGUGCCAUUGGGAAGGCAUUUAAUAAUGAGGCUCGGGAACAAUUGCACUCAGAGAUUGCUAGGAUGUUUUAUUCCGCAGGAUUGCCGUUUCAUCUAGCAAGAAACCCGUAUUAUGUGAGUUCAUACAACUAUGCUGCAAAUAAUCCUCUGUCAGGUUAUUUGCCUCCGGGUUAUAAUCUAUUGAGAACCACUCUACUUCAAAAAGAAAAGGCAAAUAUUGAUAGAUUAUUGCAACCAAUUAGGAGUACAUGGAAGGCAAAGGGUGUUAGCAUUGCAAGUGAUGGUUGGAGUGAUCCACAAAGGCGGCCUUUAAUUAAUUUUAUGGCUAUGACAGAAGGAGGUCCCAUGUUUUUGAAAGCUGUUGAUUGUUCCGGUGGAAUUAAAGACAAGUUUUUCAUUUCCAAUUUGUUGAAGGAAGUCAUAAAUGAGGUUGGCCCCCAAAAUGUGAUCCAAGUAAUUACAGACAAUGCCCCAAAUUGCAAGGCUGCUGGACAACUAAUUGAAGGGCAAUUUCCUCACAUUGUUUGGACACCUUGUGUGGUCCAUACUCUUAAUCUUGCCCUCAAAAAUAUUUGUGCUGCAAAAAAUGUGGAAAAGAAUGAAAUUGCAUAUGCAGAGUGUGGUUGGAUUCUUGAUUAUGCUGAUGAGGUUACAAUAAUAAAGAAUUUCAUCAUGAACCAUUCAAUGAGAUUAGCUAUUUUCAAUGAGUUUGUCAGCUUGAAGUUGCUUUCAGUUGCAGAGACACGCUUUGCUUCUGUUAUUGUGAUGAUGAAAAGAUUUAAACUUAUAAAAGGUGGUCUCCAAGCAAUGGUCAUAAGUGACAAGUGGACUUGCUAUAAGGAGGAUGAUGUAGGAAAGGCCGAUUAUGUGAGAGAGAAGCUGUUGGAUGAACAAUGGUGGGGAAAGAUUGAUUAUAUCCUUUCCUUUACUUCACCUAUUUAUGACAUGCUAAGGGCUUGUGAUACCGAUAAGCCUUGUCUUCACUUAGUUUAUGAUAUGUGGGAUACAAUGAUUGAAAAAGUGAAGAUGGCAAUAUAUAGGUAUGAAAGAAAGCGACAAAGUGAAAGUUCUUCCUUUUAUGAAGUGGUGCAUGGGAUACUUGUAGCUCGUUGGAACAAGAACAAUACUCCGCUUCAUUGCUUGGCACAUUCACUAAAUCCAAGGUACUAUAGUGAUGUGUGGCUUAGUGAAGACCAAAGUCGAGUUCCACCACACAAGGAUUUAGAGGUCUCAAGAGAGAGAACAAGGUGCCUUAAAAAAUACUUUAGUGACCCACAAGAGCAUUCAAAAGUCCAAUUGGAGUAUGCUAAUUUUUCAUCAAACUCGGGGGAAUUUGGGGAGAGUGAUUCUAUAUGUGAUAGAUAUACCAUGGAUCCUAAAAGUUGGUGGGUUGUACAUGGUUCAUAUGGUCCCUUGCUUCAAGAGUUAGCUUUGAAGUUGCUUGUCCAGCCUUCUUCCUCCUCAUGUUGUGAGAGGAACUGGAGUACUUAUUCUUUUAUUCACUCAUUGAGAAGGAACAAGAUGGCGCCACAACGGGCUGAAGAUUUGGUUUUCAUUCAUAGUAAUCUCCGUCUUCUGUCAAGGAGAACCCCACAGUACAAUGAAGGACGAACGAAGAUGUGGGAUAUUGCAGGAGAUGCAUUUGAUUCAUUUGGUGAUGUUGGGGUGCUUGAGGUUGCAAACCUCUCACUUGAUGAGCCAGAAUUAGAGGCGGUAUUAUUUACCGAUGAUGGAAGUGUUAAUGAUGAUGAGAUUCAUGAGACAAUUGAUGAUGAACAACAAUAGAUGAAUGCUGAUAUGUUUUUUUUUUUUUUUGUUUUGGACUACCCUUUUGGUAUUGUAAAUGGUAAAGUCCUAGGUCAAAUGAUGGAUGGGAAUAGAUGAUAGUACACUGACUUGUUUUUGUAUCUUUUUUGGGACUAGCCUUUAGGUUUUUGUGAAUGUUAAGUGCUAACAGUACAGUCCUGAAUGUUAAACAAUCAUGAAUGUUAAUAGUCCUUUCAGUCUAUGCUUUUGUAUUUGGAGUAAAGUUGCAAUGAUGAUUAAAUGAUACUAGUUAUUAUUCUAAUAUCUUGUUUUUUAUUUGGUUUUAUAACUCUGCAACAUUGUUCUUUUAUAGUUUAUUAGUUAUAAGUUAUGAUUUGUAUAUAUUUUCCAUUGUGAGGUUGAUGAAAAAUAGUAACACUUGGUAAUUUUUAAAGUACUACAUCAUAUAUAUAUAUAUAUACACUAUUCGCCGUGUCCGUGUCCUAAUUUUUUUGGAUUUGCCGUGUCGCCGUGUCCGUGUCGUGUCGUAUCCGUGUCCCGUAUCCGUGUCCGUGCU